GAGAACCGAGAACCAAAGUUGCCUGGGUUUUCGGUUCUAGAUCUAUGAAUAAAUUAUUAAAUCCCCCAUUUUGGAAUUGUUUUGAACGUUUUCUAAAUAAAAAAAAUCCACUUACAUGGUUGCCACGCAUCUUUCAAACGCGCAAUCCCUUUGGCCGAACUUCAUUGGAAAGACCAAAAUUAUCUGCCCCCCCAAAUGAAUCGUGUGUUGUGUCCAUCGCGACGUCCAUUGAGCGAUGUCUUCCAUGGCGACCCCUUCAAAAUUCAAUCGUAUAACUUCCGGUAUGCCGACAAGCCCGUCUACCACGUCCAGCACUACCAGCGACCACCGAUUGUGUCGCCUCCUGUGGCGCCACCGCCCGCCAGGAAACCCUCCUUCGAGACAUUCUACCUCAAUCCGAAGUUUAAUCGGGAUUCGGAGUAUACGCCGGUGAAUAGGCCACCGCCGACCAGUUCGUUUAGCGAGUACCGACGCCGGCGAUUCCUGCAGGACUUCAAGGCUGUGCCCUCGCAUACGAUGCGGCCACCCUUGAUUACCAUGCCGGAUCGCCAGCGCAGUGUUCCGGUGGCACCGCAGCCCCGACGUCCACCCGUUUCGCCCACUGUUACGGAUUCGCCUCUCCUGAGGACCUGCUGUUCGCGCGGCGAGUACCAGACCAUGCGACGUGGCCAGAGCACUUGCUCGCUAAGGACCUGCCACAGCAAUGGCGGCGGCGGUUGUCUGGUCGGGAAUACUAGGAGCGCCUCCGCCACCACCUUCGAUCGCGGCUCCAACGUCCAGCUGCAGAACAAGCGGAGUGCUUGCAGCGGCUGCGCCAUCAACAUAAACAUCUGCAGCCUCGACCCGGAGUCGGAGGCGGACAACAAUGUGAGCAUCAAGAUCGAGACGGAUGCCUGCCUCCUCAACAACAAGGACAUGGCCAGCUCGAAGUCGGGCAACAAUCGCUCGGGUAGUGCUGCAUCCCGAGCCACCGGCACAUCCUUCGGCAUUGACAAGCGCCUGUCCAAGUUCAACGUCAGCGAGACCAAGCCCCGGACCAGUCCGGACUGGGUGCGGCGUCAACGGCAACGGGAAGUGGAAACAAAGAGGGAGCAGGAGUUGGCUCGAGAGCGUCAACACCAGGAGAAUCUGAAACUAGAGAGAGAGCGGGAGCUCGAACAGGAGCGGGCGUUCAUAAGGCGCCGGGAGCAGGAGCGAGAGCAUCUCCGUCAGCUGGAGCGGCAGCGGGAACGGGAUCAUCUUUUGGCCCUGGAGGCGGAGCGAGAGCGGCAGCGUCUGAGGGAACUGGAAAGGGAGACGCAGCGGCAAAGGGAGUACGAUCGGCUGGUGGAACUCCAGGAGCAACUGCGUAGUCAGCACGAAUUGCCACCGAUGCGGGUGAUGUCCACGACUCUCCCGGGUGUUCCAUCGCCUUCUCGUGUUCCCAUGACCUCCCACUUGUAUACACGGACCUCGGAUGAUCGUUUGCCCGGAAUGAUGGCCUUUUGUGAUGUGCCCUCACGUCGGGAGGCGAGAAGAGUGCUUCCGGUGCGCCAUCAGGCCGCUGCUAUUCCGCUACCACCGCCACCCGGCUGGACAUCCACGCCCAUUCGUUCUGCUUCACGGUCGUCCGUCGGACGGACUCCCGUGAACAGCUCUCGGAGUGGCACUCCUGUAAGGAAUAGCAAUCGUACUCCAACGCCUGUACGGAAUAGCAGUCGAACUCCAACUCCCACCAGAAAUGUACCUCCUACCCGGACUUCCACGCCCAUUCGGAAUCCCACUCCCAGAAAUCCACUGGUUAGCCGAAAUCACACCCCUACUCGGCAAAUCGGAAACUCCUCCCGUAAUCCCACGCCCACCCGGAGUGGCACUCCCUUGAGGAAUUCCAGUCGAUCUGUAACUCCCUUACGGACUGACACUCCUGAUCGCUUCUCCAGUCGGAAUUCGGGGCACCUGCAACGCAGUAGCUCCGGCACCUCCAAUGGCAAUGUCCAUGUGUCCAUGGCGACCACUCGGAUCGUGUCCAAUAGCCGCUUGAGCGAAUCAAAGCAAAUAAAUGGAAAUCCUGCGAUUCUGACCCGGCUAAACAAUGUCCCCAUACGGAUAACUACUUCGCGCUCUAGGGAUCGGGAUCUGGAGUUCUCCAUGAAUCAUGUCACGAUGGGGGAGCCACCGGCGGCGAUGCCACAACCCAUAACAGUGUUCCGGCGGCGCAGUUCCAGCAGUCAGUCUGGACAGGAUGCCUGCCAGGUGAACAUCAACGUGUAUGCCGACAAUCUGCGUAGGAUGCGGAUCUGAAGAUGCGAAACUUGUGGAGUUCCACGAAUGACUCUGCCCGGACAGAUUUAUUCCGGCCCUAAGCUGGAGUAGAACUGUCCUGGCAGUCAUUUGCGUAAUUCCAUAAUUCCUCUAAGUUUUUUUGAAUUUUAAGUGUUUUUAAAAAUAACUAAAUCCUAAAAAUAAAGAAAGUAAAUUCUUAAAGA